AAUACCGUUAAAUUCAUUGACCAUGCAAUAUGUAUAGUUGAUGCCUGAAUUGCUUUUGUAUACAUGUAUCAUUACAAUAUAUAGAUUUAGUUUGCUCUAGAUCGAUUUUCUUAUCAAAUUUAUAUAAUACUAUUAUAUGGCAAUAUAUCAAUAACAACAAUGUCUUUAAAUUAGUUCUUUGACUAUGCAAUUCGUAUAGAAUGAUGCAUAUACUUUGUUUUCUUACCAAAAUUAUACGGAGUACAUAUUGUUAAAAAAAAUCGGGAGUAGUUGUAAGGGUUCCCAAGCCCAAGACUUGGGAGCUCAGCCCACAUUUUCUCUAUAAAUACUCCCUUUGGCAGUAGUUGUAAGGGUUCACAAAAUUCAUUUAUUGCAGUAUUAAUUGUACUUCUCUCUCUAGUUCUCAUUUUUCUCUAGAACAUAUACUCUAUCAUUUGGUGCUUUCAUUGAGAGCUAGAACAAUCAAGUUAGCAUCCUUCUUCGCUACCAAGCACAAGCUAACUGAAGAUGGGAAGAGCAAGGUCAAACCGCAACUUCACUGGCAAGAUGAUCCCUGAGGCUCAGGAGGGUCGUCGUGAACGCUCUGGUGAUGCUACGGCCGAGAAGGCAGCGGAAGAGGAAAUCUUCCAGGAAAUAAUCGACCCCGCGGUUGAUCUCCGCAAUCAGCUCAACGGCAAUGCUCAAGACGCCCGUAUCGGUCUUGGGAAGAAACGCAUGGAAAAGGGAGACCAUGCAUCGGGGCAACAGACUACUCCCGCUAUUGACCCUCAGCUUUAGGCCGCUUUAUCGGCCAUCAUAGCCAGCUUGGCUCAGAAUCCCACCGUCCUUAGCGCACUCAUGCCUAGGACGGGGGAGAAUGCUACUCCACCACCUCCACCGCCCCAGUCGUUAGUCAUGAAACUAGGCAACGAUGAGGGUGUGGAUGCCCAGGACACGUCGUCAUCCCAUUCCCAUCCUGCUUCCCUUCUUUGAGCUGGACCGACCCCAGCGCGUGGAAAAGCCUCAGCCUUCAAUAGGCUAUGUAACAUGUGUCGCCUGCCAGUAUCGGAGAGGAUGGCGAGACGGAUUGGUGAACGUGAGCCUGGCUCACCAAAGGAAAGCUUGGGGUCCGUAUCCUGGACAGCGGAUCGGCCCCGCCUGGACAAAGGCAAGGGAAAGUUGCGCGAGGACAACGCGCGCCGCAAAAUCAACACGGCUCACACAGCCCGUGUGCGGACCCAGUAGGGCACCACUACGGCCGCUAAAGAUCCCCAGGACGAAGUUAUCGCCCAGCUCGAGCGAAGGCAUGCUCAUAUGGAGGCCAAGCAGCUGGCCGCCACUGCCACCGGCAACUCAUCUAGGGAUCCUGGUUUCAACGCACUCCUGCACAAGGUUAGCGCCUUUGAGAGGGAGUUGGCCAAAGGAAGAGGUGACCCCAUCGUCUAAAUCAGGACGAGGACUCCCUUCACUGGAAGGGUACUCUCGGCCCCUAUUCCUGAGAAAUACUAAGGCAACGCCAUCAAACCCUAUGACGGCCGCACCGACCCACAAGAGCAUUUCAGCCGUUAUCAGAAUAACGUGAUGAUGGCGAAUGCGUCGGACAAGUACCUCUGCUGCUGGUUCCUUUCCACUCUCGAGGGACCAGCAUAUGAAUGGUUCAACGCGCUCCCCGAAGGAAGCAUAGACUCAUGGCAGGAUCUUGCCCAACGCUUCCUCAACCACUUUGCUGGGAGGAAAUGCAUAAAGAAGUACUUCACCCAUCUCCUCUCCAUCAAGCAGCAACACGACGAAUCACUCCGGUCUUUUAUCGACCGGUGGACGAAGGAGACCGAUGAGGUCGAAGGGGCCAAUGAGUGCACCCUCCUUGUCCUUUUUCAGGGCGCUCUCCCGAGCACCCCAUACGCGAGGAGCCUCAUCACCGACCCGCCGAGGUCAUACACUAAGGCACCCCAGCGAGGGAAUCUGUAUGCCGACGCCGAUGAGCUCCACAAUCACAAAAAGGAUGGAGGGCACCCCUCCAAGAAAAACUCCGUGCAAACUCUUAGCGCACCCCCGACCGGAGACCGAGGACAGGGAGGACAGAACCGCGAAGGGUCUCGCGAACAAAACAAAAAGGAGCGCCCAUGGCGUCCGAGGAUGGAAAGGCCGAGGACCCCCCUCACACACUAGGUCAGCUCCAUCCUCGACUACGCCGAAGAGCAUGAUCUCAUUGAGAAGGAUCCUCACUCGGCAAAGGAAAUCUAUGUCGUCCAUCAGGGUGGCACCUACUGUCGAAACCACAAGAACACCUCCCACAACACUGACGACUGCGUCACGCUGAAGAGAGCCAUCGAGCAUCUGAGUUGGCAGAGGGAACUCUCUCCAUUUGUUAAAGGUGGCCCACGAAAAAAUACUCGGGUAAACACCGGCAAAAAUGGGGGAGAACCCUUGACGAAAAAGUGCGAGAUCGGUAGACUCAACGAUGACGACGAGGACUUCAAUGAGCCCCAUACGAAGAAGAAUCACAUCCACCUCAUCGUGGGAGGUAACACUGGGGGGACUCCGCCACCCAGAGAAAGAAAUGGGCCCAAUCCUUAUAUAUUGGCGAGGUGUCGCAUGCUCCCCCCAGCCGAAGAAGCAACGGACAGAGGCAAUCACCUUCACCGAUAAGGAUCUGCCUCCAGGUCCCGCAUCACACAGGGACGCCCUCGUCAUCCGAUGUGAGAUAGUUGACUCUAUCAUCCACCGCACUUACAUCUAUACAGGGAGCUCCGUCAACGUCAUGUACCUUGACACUUUCAAGCAACUGAAACUGGACAGGGCACUGCUUAAGCCGAUUCGGACACCGUUGUCUGGCUUUACCCGGGACUCUUUCGACGCCGAGGGCACGAUAGUCCUUCCCGUGGAAGUCAGUGACGGCUCCCAUCCCACCAAGAUUGACAUGGAGUUCAUGGUGGUCAACCUCGAGUGCGCCCAUAACCUGAUCUGGGGGCGCCCAUCUUUAGAGGACCUGGAGGCCAUCAUCUCCAUGAAACACUUGUGUUUGAAGUUCCCCACCAAGAGUGGCAUUGGCUACGCCAGGGGAACCAGAGGAUAGUGAGGGCAUACUACCUCAAGCUAACGAAGCCAGCUGGAAACGCCGAGCAAAGAAUAGACACCAUUAUCAUGACCGUCGCCAGGGACGAAAAAAGACCGCAUGUUGAGCCGGUAGAGGACGUCGAGGAAGCCCCCUGGAUGCCUCUCGGCCGGAGCGAGUCCUAAAAAUUGGGAGACAACUCCCACAGGACCAACGCGACGGCAUCCUCAUGGUCCUACGGUCAUAUGUCGUCAUCUUUGUGUGGGGGGCGGAAGAUAUGCCAGGCAUCAACCGAAAGGUGAUCACCCACCGGUUGUCAGUCGAUCCAGCCUCCGCGCCAGUCAUGCAGAAGAGGCGCUACCUCUCAGUCGAGAGACGGGACUUUGUCAAGGGGGAGGUCACCAUGCUCCUCUCCAUCAGCCACAUCAAAGAGGUGAAGUACCUAACAUGGCUAGCCAACCUCGUCCUUGCUCAAAAGACGCCAACGUUCAGAAUGUGCGUUGACUACAUUGAUUUGAACAAGGCGUGCCCCAUGGACCCGUUCCUUCUCCCCAACAUUGAUGAGUUGGUGGACGAGAUGGUGGGCUGCGAGUUGAUGUCAUUCCUGGAUGCCUUCAGAGGGUACCACCAGAUCUUCAUGCAUGAAGAUGACGCUGAGAAGACGUCCUUCAUGACUCCGGAGGGAAUUUUUUGCUACCUCAUCAUGGCCUUUAGGCUCAAAAAUUCAGGCGCCACAAAUACCAGGAUGGUGGCCAAGAUUUUCAGAGCGGUCUUCGGCGGGACGAUGGAGGCGUACGUCGAUCACAUGAUCGUCAAAAGCAAACAAUCUACUACCCAUGCUGAUGACCUCUGGGAAAUCUUUGAAAUCAUGAAGAAGUUCCAGCUCCGCCUUAACCCCAAGAAAUGCACCUUUAGUGUCCAAGGGGGCAAAUUCCUUGGCUACAUGGUCAGCCAAAGGGGCAUUGAGAUAAAUCCAGAGAAAAUCCAGGCCAUCAUAAACAUGGAGCCACCGCGCAACGUCAAAGAAGUGAAACAGCUGACGGGACGGCUUGCAGCCCUGAACCGCUUCCUCUCCAAAUCGGUCGAAAGAUAUCUCCCUUUCUUUCACAUCAUGCGCAAAGCCAACAACUUCAAGUGGAUGGCGGAGUGCCAGCAAGCAUUUGAGGAGCUGAAGCAGUACCUUUCAUCCCAUCCCGUGUUGUCCAAGCCGAAAGCCGGUGAGACCCUCUUCUUGUCCUUAGGGGUGAGCACGACGACCAUCAGUUCCGUGCUCAUCCGCGAGGAUGAAGGGGUGCAAAAGGCUAUUUUCUACGUUAGCAAGAUGCUCCGGGAGGCCGAUCUCAGGUACUCCCCGAUCGAGAAGACGGUGCUGGCCAUCGUCCAUAUGCUGAAGAAGCUGGGGCAUUACUUUCAGGCCCAUGCCGUCCAUAUUCUGACCCAGCGGCCCCUCGGUGUACUCAUGCGGAGCCCAACUAGUUCCUCAAGGAUGGUGAAGUGGGCAAUCUUCCUCAGCCAGUUUCAGAUUGAAAUCAAGCCCAGGCCAUCUAUCAAGGGGCAAGCCUUGGUUGACUUCGUCACCGAGUUCACGGCAAAGAAGGUAGCGACCGCCAUACCCCGGUCAAAGCCAGACGAAGCAUGGACCCUAUUCACUGAUGGUUCCUCAGCCGCAAGAUCAUGUGGAGGUGGCGUCGUCCUCAUCUCCCAUGAGGGAUUCAGGGUUUAUUACGCCAUCCGCUUCAAUUUCAGGGUAUCCAACGACGAAGCCGAGUAUGAAGCCCUCCUCAGAGGCGACAGAUUCAUGGCCGGCCUCAAAGCACAACACAUCAAGAUCAAAUGCGACUCCAAGCUGGUGGUGGGCCAGAUCGAGGGCUCAUACGAGGCCAAAGAAGGGAGGAUGAGGCAGUACAAACAAGCGGCCGAGGAAUUACUCAAGGCGUUUGAAACCCAUGAGAUCACACAGAUCCCAAGGGCGGAGAAUGUUGAGACAGACAUUCUCUCCAAGCUCAGCACGGACACCCCGGAGCACAUCUCCCAGAUAGCCAAGAUUGAGGAGCUCAGCAUGUCCAGCAUCCAUGCCAGCCCGGUCCUGUGCAUCCAACAACGUCUGGAGGAUUGGAUCUCCGACAUCAUGACCUUCAUCACUUUGGGAGAACUACCCCAGGAUGAGGAGAGGGCCAAACUAGCCAAGCUCAGGACCCUGAGCUAUACCAUUGAGGGCGGGAAGCUCUACAAAAGAUCCUACAAUGGCACCCUCCUUCGAUGCCUACAUCCGGACGAGGCCGAAGUGGCCAUGGAGGAAGUCCACUGCGGCGUCUACUCCUCACACCAGGGCCCUUUCAGCAUAUCCCACAGUAUGCCAGGAAGUGUACCGCAUGCCAGGUACUCCAGAAGGCCCCUGGUCGGCCAGCCGAUAAUUACGCCCCAGUCAGCAUGGCAAUUCCAUUCUACAGAUGGGGGAUUGACCUGGUCGCCCCCCUGCCAAGAGCCGCCGGCAACAACCGCUACAUCAUCGUCGCAGUCGACUAAUUCACCAAGUGGGUCGAAACGGAACCAUUGGCCAACAUUACUGGGUCCAGGUGCCAGAAGUUCGUCCACAAAAACAUCCUUACCCGUUUCGGCGUCCCUCAGGAGAUCAUAUACGACAAUGGCACCCAAUUUGAGGCCACACCUUUCCAAGAGCUCCUCUGGGAAUGGGGAAUCAAGCAUCAUUUCUCCUCCAUUGCUUACCCUCAAGCUAACGAGCAAGUUGAGAACGACAACAGAACCAUAAUGUAAGGCCUGAAGAAGAAACUUCAAGAUGCAGGAGGCAGCUGGGCCGACGAGCUCCCCAACAUUCUAUGAUGCUACCAAACCACGCACGGGGAGGGCAACGGGCGAAACACCCUUCGCCCUGUGCUAUGGCUUCGAAGCAAAGGCACCUACGGAGGUCACCAUACCUAGCCGACGGGUGGAGCAAUAUGAACUCGAGGCUAACGAGGAAACCAUGAAGAUCGACCUCCACCUGGUCGAAGAGAGACGCGAGCAAGCCUACAUCCGGGCAGAGAACUACCAGCGUCAAGUAAAAUCACACUAUGACGCCAAGGUACGCUCCCGGGAGUUCCAAGUGGGGGACUACGUCCUCCGCCAAAGGGAGGCGAGCAAACCGAUGGAAGGUGGCAAGCUGGCACUGAAGUACAAAGGCGCCUACAUCGUCAGUGUUGUAGUGAAACCCGACACCUACAAACUUAGACACCCAAAUGGGUCUAGAGUACCACGAAUGUGGAAUGUAAAUCACUUGGUGAAGUUCUAUCAAUAAUCCGAGGGAGGCGAAGCCGGCAAAGCCCUCACCCCCUAACGGGUUAUUGAUUGAUUACCACCCUCAGUCUCGAGCCACUUAUCAAUGUAAAUUGUGCUCCACUUUCAUUUUGGUAAAGAGGGAUAGCCGAGGACUGUGCACUCGCUGGCCUCGAGCGAAAUCCCCACAAAUCAAAAGAGGGACAGUUGAGGACCGCGCACUCGUCGGUCUCGAGCGAAAUCCCCACAAAUCAAAAGAGGGAAGCCGAGAACCGCGCACUCGCCGGCCUCGAGAGAUAAAAAUAAAAUCCCCACAAAUUUGACUAAGUAGAUAUCAGGCGAAUACUACGCAGUAUGGACGAAGCAUACACACAGAUUACCCCAAGACACUUGGAAAAAUUCCCAAGUGACAUUUAUUUGGCUGACGGAAGUCACAUGGAAGGCGACACAAACUCAAAAGAUUCAUGGGAAACGUUCCCCUUAGCCGAACAAGGGUCAGUGACCUUCAUCGGCCACGACAGAGGGAAACAACCACUCGGUCUCAACUAAUACUCAGAAAUAUUUCAAAGUGUGGAAUAACAAAAGUAGCAUAAGGACAAGAAAGAUGAAACAGACGCUAAAGAUGGAAAAGCCAACCUAAUAUUUGCAUUCAAAAUAUUCAGUAUAAGAAGGGGGGCACAACGGCCUUUACAUAUACAGGCACUACAACACCUACUAAAACAAUCAAUGAAAAUAAAAGAGGCAGCUGAUCAACUUUCCUCGUCAGCCUCAUUGGUAGCCUGUUCAGCAUCAGCUUGCUCGGCCUCCUCCACUUUAACAUCUUUACCGGCUCCGGAUGUGGAGGCGGCAUUGUCCACCAGGACAUCAUCAUCGGUCCAUUCCUCUUCACCGACGGAGGAACUCAGCACCGAAGCCUGCCUCUCAGAGGGAGGAAGCUUCAUCUCCUCCUCUGGGUCCUUCAUAUUUCUGGGGAGCUUCAAGGUCCUGGACCAUUUCUGGGUGAGCUUCAGUGCCUUAAAGCUCUGGUGCAGCCUCCGGUAGAUGAGCUUUUGCAUCCGUUGUUGGCCCAUGUCGUAAUAGACCUUCAUCUCCCUCUCGAAGUAUUAUUGGCCUUCAGGACUGUUCUGGCCCCAAUCUUCAAGUCUGGCCGCCACGACCUCAAAACACCAAGGCCGACGCUCCUCUGCCUUCCAGCCUUCAGCCAAGAACUUCUCAACGGCGGCAUCGGCGACCUUCUCAGCAGCAAUCUCAAUGGCUCGCUCGGCCUCGACCCGGGCCUUCUCGGCCUCAACAGUACGACUGCGAGAAGCCUCAUGCGCUUCCUUCUCCUCGACCAACUUUUUGAGGGCAUCAUCCCUAUCUGCAGUCAACUGGCGAGUGGACGCAUCGGCAGCUUUCUUCUUCACGACCUCCACAUCCCCCCGAACCCGAUCCAAGAUACUCAAUGCCUCAUCGGCCGAAGCAGCCUUCUGCUCAACUUCACUCACCCGAGCAAUCUCCCGCUCCUGCCUCUUGUGGCUCUCCAUCAGCAUGAAGGUCGCCUGCACAAAGUAAUACUAGUCAGGCUGACGAGGACACAACAAUAAAAGAAAGAAGGGGGAGAAAAUGACAACGUAUGGAAAAGACAACUCACCUGGACAAGAUUGUCCAUCCCACCAUCAUAGAUCCGGACGUUACCAAACCCGUUGAGGUACGCCCGGUCCUCAUCAGGAAUGGCCUGGGAAAUCACCUCGUGGCCGUCAACGAUCUCGUUGAAUACCCGACCGCCCUUCAUGGGAUACUCAACUUCAACUCUGUAGGUCCCCCGGACCAGCUCUUUGCCAAAGCGCUUCUUCCGAGAGCCUUGGGCUUCAGGGGGAGGCUGAGAGAUAGCAACAGACGAAGGGCCGGAAGUGAGGUCCACAAUGGCGUCAGCACGGGAUCCGCCAUCGUCUCCGACUGGGACAGCUAGGGUACCAGCCUCCGACAACUUCUUUUGGCCGUCAUCCAUCGGCCGCUUCUUUUUUUACUUAGUGGGCGGCUUCUUUAGCUGGUCUGAAGUCGGCUGGGCUCCACUGGCCGACGCCUGCUGUGCAGCCCCCUGAGCCGCAAAUUCCUCGACCGCUUUCACAGCAGCCCUCUUCAUCACGGAUCUGCGGUCCAUAACAAAGUCUGCACGACAAAAACCAAUGUUAGCAAAGGAAGAAAAUAAAAUGGAACCAAGGACGUUAGGAGGAUAUUACCAUCGGCUUCGGCAGGCACACCCAGGUACGGGCCAUCAGCCUCCUCAAACUGCGUGGUCAUCUUCGGCCACAGGUCAACAUCAUCCUCUGCAUCGCCAUAGACGAAAUACCUCACAAAACCGAGAGCAUCCAUUUGGUAUUCCGUGAUGUACUUUUUUACGCUCCUCGGCCCACCUUUCAAGAACGCCUCCACCUGAGCAUCCAGGAUUGCGCUCUUCGACACCUCAUGGAGGUUGAACCUCCCAGUAUGGCCGACAGAAGGAAACUCGGUCCCUGCUACGCCCAAUGACAUGAAGACAAACUUACUCUUCCAGCCGUGGAUGGACGUCAGAAGAUCAUUGGAGGACCUCCUGUUCUUCACCUGCUGGAGGUUGGCAUAACCGGCACAGUUCGGGUGGUUACCUCAUCCUAUUUGGUACAAAUUGAUUAACAUGGCCAUCGUCGGUGCGAUGUCCAACUCGGCACAACGAAGCAGGAACCCGACUAUAACACCCGCAUUGAUAAAACAUUAGAAAUCCCUUUGUAUUAGUUUAUGCUUCGGGGAUGAAACAUUUUUUUUAAGAGGGAUAAAAUGUGACACCCAAAAAAAAAUUAAAAUAAAAAUAAAAGAAAACUAAAAUAGAUAUAAUUUAUCUGAUUGAAAUAAACCAGAUAUAAAUAAUCCGACAAAAAAAUAUUAGACCAGAUAUUUUAUGUGAUGUCAAUAAAACAAAGUAUUAAAGGUGAAGUAAUAUAAUAAUACGCAUAACGCGCGGAAGUAAAUACACUCACACAUCCCUCAUUCCAUCAAUAAAAUAUGAGUACAUAUAUGCAUAGCUAACGCAUACAUGCCAUGUUAAGUACAUAAAUAAUACGGAGUAUACAAAUACACUUGCAGCAUACAUAUCACAUAUGCAUACGUAAUACACACCCAUGAUAUAGAUACAUGCAUACAUACGUGAGUAUCCAUAUACAUACACAUAAUAUAUAUACUUUGUAUAUACACACACGCAACCGACGUAAAUAACCAACGGUUACAGAUUGAAGCUAACGGACCAAAUAAUUACACAUGAUAAUAAUUGAGACUUUAAGAGAACAAUUAAACCCAAAUGAACCCAACGGACGGGAGGAGUAUUUCUAUGCAUGGACUUAAUUGUGAGUGGGGGGUUAUACACAUUCACAUUCAUGCAUACGCGUGCUAUUACCUCACGUAAGCGGGAGAAACGUAAACGGGUGAGGAAGAGAGAACGAUCGUCGGAGGAGGGAGUAAUCACCCGCCGGCGUUAGCCGGACUGGUGGCCGCCGAAGUAAGGGAGGUCGUAAGAGGCCGUGUAGCUGCCAGAAGAGACGACAUCAGAGAUAGAAGCUCGCCAGAAACAACACCGUACGAUCUCUGGGAGAAGAAGAGGUGCUGCCGCUCGCAGAGAAGUACCCCGGAACGCCGCCAGUGUGCGCUGCUACCAGAAGAGAGUCGCCGGAGGUAGUUGUCAUCGUGGAGGAGGAAGGACGAUACCGGGCUGAACUCACGCCGGGAGAAGAGCCACCCUCUACCAGUCCAUUUUCGGCGCUCACAGCACCGCCGCGGGGCUGCCGCAAAGAACGCCGUAGGAGACUCCCUCUGGUUCCGCCUUGGCCAUCGAUGAGUACUUGGUGACUCUAUAUAGAGACCGGAAUAGAAGGCAUGGUCUUGGAGCACCAAUUUUGAGGUGAGGAUGAUUUUGUCGAUUGAUGAUUGCUUGCAUGGCCCGAGAGCGAAUUAGUAGUCGCCUUAGUUAUACUAGUCAUGAAAUAAACACUUACUUUACAAACACUUUAUUUUUAUUAAAUUAGUUGUUAUGUUUUAGUUGCCUGUGCAUCCGGUUGAGAGAUGACCGGAUGUGGCGGUAACACCCAUUUCCCUUAUUAAGACUUCCGCUGUACUUUCUUUAAAUUUUCAUUAUCAAUAAAUAAAAGUUUUAUUUCAAUUA